CGGUGUUCGCACGCAGAGAAAAAGUUUGACUGGGGUGUGUGUGCCACAUCUGGAAUAGUAGCUCCGCGGUUAGAGGCUGUUAGAGCGGGAUCUCACUGGUUUAUUUCACCAACGCUCCAUUUCACCUAUUUUCCAAGGAACUCUAUUUCUCAACUUAUCUUUUGUAAGUUUGCCUUUUUGUGAAGCUUUUGCAUUUCUGAAUCCGCCUCAAGAUGCUGCUCAUUCUUCUCGGAGUGCUUGUUUUGCACCUUAUCAUUCUGGUGCUUCUGUUUGUCUCAACGGCGGCAAACGCGUGGACUGUAGGGGGCACCAGCAGCCAGGAUCUUUGGUACAGAUGCAUGACCGUCAAUGGUGGCUACCACUGCCAAGCCGCCAGCAAUGAAGACUGGAUCCAGGCAGUGCAGGCUCUCAUGGUGCUGUCCGUGCUCUUCUGCUUCUUCUCCCUCAUCGCCUUCCUGUAUCAGCUGUUCAGACUGGUCAAGGGCGGACGCUUCUUCUUCACUGCCGUCUUCCAGAUCCUGGCCAGUCUGUUUGUGAUGUGUGGAGCCAUCAUCUACACGGUGAUGGCUCCUGACGAAGGGGCGGGCACCUCCUACGGCUACGCCUACGUCUUGGCCUGGGUGGCUUUCCCUCUGUCCCUCAUCAGCGGCCUCAUCUACAUCAUCUUGAGGAAGAGGGAAUGAGAGUGGUGACGUAGAGAGGGGACAGAGUGUCUGGGGUGGAUAUAGCAGACCCUAGCUCACCCAUAGUGCGCAAUCAAAUGGGUUAUUUUAUGAUAUCAGAGAACGCCGAUCGCGGUCGGCAACCUCUACUCUAUUUCCGCAAAACUGCAUAAAAGUCGGAACAUUGACGUCAUUGAUUGGGAAGUCGCGUUCUGUGUCGGUCCGAAGCCGAAGUACGAUGCUAAUGAUCCAACUUUUCCGAGUUUUUUUUCCGUGGAAACGCAGUAGAGGUUGCGUUCCGCGAUGGAGCAGAACUCUCCUAUAUAUAAAAAGUUUAAAGUUAAAAUACAGUUCAAAUAAAGUGCCUACUGCCCACAGACCAUCUAGACUAGCGUCCAAACAUCGGAGAACAAGUGCAAUGCAGUCGCUUCGUAGUAAAAUGCCAAUUGAGACGUCGGGUUGUCAUUAUUUUCGUAAACUAUCACUUGAUCCCAAAACAAAUUAUGCCGGAAAAAAAAGAAGAAAACAUGACAAACUCACAUCAAUGCCUCGUCUCAUUUGAAAGCCGUAUUCGUCCAUAGCAACACUGCGGGAAGUUUAAGGGUGUCCUCCAUAGCAACAGCGCGGGAUGUUGUAUGGUGUGGCCAUUUUUGAUUCGGUUUAAAACUGGAUCAUUCGCGUCGACCCCACCCUGCCUGACAACAUCACAGGAACCCAAAACAAACCCAAAACAACUGCCAUGCCGCGGUGCAGAGAUGUACAUAGUGUCUGUGGUUUUUAGACAUAUUUAUAACAUUCUUUUUUUUACAUACCUUUUGUACAUAGUGUUUUCAAGUUAAUUCCAUAUUGCUCAUGACUGAUGGCUCAUGAAGACUCAUACAGCUGCACCAAAGAGAAAUACAGAUACAGCUGAAGUGUUAUGCUUUUCACUGGGAUUUAUUUCUAGUUUACCCGCAGUCAUGUCAGAUUGUUACUCCCUUUGUAUACUGUGUCUUGACUUGGAAUAUCUGUGUUAAUGAAGGAAUAGGACAAUCUACAUCCUCAGUGGAUGGGACGUGUUUAUAAACUAAUGAAGACAUUCUGAAAUAUCAUUCUAUUUUGAUGUGCCAAAUAGCUUUUUUUUGUAUUUCCAUAUUUUUGGUUUUCUAUGUUUUCUAGUUUUGGAAAAUGGUGCUUUCUAAAAAAACCUACCAUUCUUGAAUUGUAUAGCAUACUAUGUGUUUCAAUUUUAACAUUGUUAGUAACUCUCAUGAUGUGUGUUUGAAAUUCUUUGUACAAAUAAACAAUUUCUUUGUCAGUGUAAUUCUAAAUAAAACGUAUUAAGUCAA